UGUGGUUAUUAUUUUAAAGAUUUUCAAGAUGGCUGCUCUCUUGUUCAGGUAAUCCGAUUGUCCUGAGGCCACUGUCUGCUAAAGCAAGGAGUAUUUCUACAUGCAUAAUGGCGGAGGAUUAUGACGAGUUAGAGUUGAAGAGACUGAGAGAGAAUGCUUUAAAAUCAAGGCCUGGCCAGCAUCAUCAUGGUUAUUCCAGCAGCUCACGUAAUCAAGACUUUCUAUUGCCUCUCCCAACUCCAUCCCAACCAUUACUACCUGCUUCACACUACCACCGUAUCCCUCUUCCUAUUCCUCCUUCUCACCCUCCCUCCUCCCACCCUCCUCGUCCCCCUCCCUCUCAUCUCUCUCGUCCCCCUCCUUCCCGGCUCUCCCGUCCUCAAACCAGACCCACGUCUCAUAACUCUCAUCCUUUGCCCUCUCACUCGAGCAAGUCUUCAUCCCGUAGCUCCUCCUCCAGCUCCUCCUCCUAUUCCUCUUACUCUAAGGAAGAAGGAGCCUCUCAUUCUGGGUCUAGCCGCUCCUCUCGCUCUGUCUCGGUUCAAAGUGGAUCCAGUUAUAGUUCGUAUUCUCAUUCUCCUCCCCCUCCGGCCCAUUCUCCUCAUUACAGAAGAGGUAGGCGUGGUAGCCCCUCCCCUCAGAGAGGUCCUUAUGUCUCAGGUUCUCCAAGACCAGUUAGAAUGAGUGGGCGUAGGCCACGCUCCUCCUCACCUUCUCAUCAUCGCAGGCACCACUUCACUCCCCCUCCCACCCUCCCUCCAAGAAGACACUCUCCUUAUUUUCCUCGGAAGCAAUCACCUUCCUAUUCUAGAAAAGAUUAUCCAUCGCCUAGGAGACGCUCACCAAGGAGACCAUCGCCAAGGAGACCGUCGCCAAGGAGAGAAGAUGAUGGAUGGAGACAUAACCUACACCCACUGCCGCCAAGGAGACCGUCGCCAAGGAGACUAUCACCAAGGAGACCAUCGCCAAGAAGACCAUCACCUAGGAGAAUGUCCCCAAGGAGACCAUCUCCAAGGAGAAUGUUGCCUGGGAGACCUUCGCCAAGGAGACCAUCACCAAGGAGACAUGUCCUUCCUCCUCGUGCUGAUGAGGUCCUUUAUGAGAGGCACAGGUUAGUGUCCCCUCCCCCUCCUCGUUUGAGGUCUCCUCCCCCUCCCCCCAGGAGGGUAUCACCGAGAAGAGUUAGGGAAAGACGUAACGUCUCACCUCCUCCUCCUCCUAGAGCCAGAGGAAUGAGCCCACCACCAGGAAGAAUAGUAAGGGACAGGAGCCCCAGAAUGAGAAGAAAUCUAUCACCUACGAGACCAUCACCUAGGAGACCAUCACCUAGGAGACCGUCGCCUAAGAGACCAUCGCCUAGGAGACCAUCGCCUAGGAGACCAAGAGAGCCAUCGCCUAGGAGAGAGAGAGAGAGGAGAGGGUCAUUAAGAAGAGACGUUGAUGUUGACAAGAGACUAAGGCUUGCCUCUGGGUCAGAGAGAUUCAUUGAAACUCGAGAGGAGGAGAGAGGAGGAGGAAGGAAGAGAAAGAGAAGCCAUCAUGGUGAGGUACUUCCUUCCAAACAACACAAAACAGAAGAGGACCUGUUGCUGGAAGAUGAAGUCCUGGUAGAUAAAAUUGAGAAGUCGAGUGGCCUGACCGGGCUUGAUCCUCUUGAUGAAGAGCUGGACUAUGAUGAGAGCAUGGAAGACAUUGAGAGAUACCUCCAUGAAGAUGAACAGUCCGACAUGGUGUUUACUUUAAAAUCGGAAGUAAGAAAGAAGCCAACGCUCCCGGAGAAGGAUGAGUCCUCCCCUCGGCCUCCCUCCACGCCUCCAGAGACUAACGGAGAGAAUGAGUCUCCCCCUCAUAGAGAGGAAUCAAGGGCAGGAGAGGGAGAGGAGAGCAGAGUCAUACUAAUGGAGGACGAGGAGGAAGAAGAAGAAGAAGAGGGACAGUUGGAUCCGUCGGACUCUGACACUCCUAAUGAAGGCUGUCCACAAGAGGAGCUUGGGGAAACGCUUGACGAAAUGACGAGAGGUUUGGAAGGAACGGAGAACAACAGCGAAGACCAUGUGACAGAAGUGAGACAGGAGAGGAUAGUCAGACAAGAGAUUGGCGAGGAAGAAGACAAUGGGUCAUCAUUGGGAGGAGAAGCUCUCGACACCGAAGAAAAGGACCCGCCCAAAACAGACACGCCUCCUCCUCCUGAUAGCGGCAGUGAAGAUGCGUCUGCUCCCGGUCUCAUAAGCUCUCCAAUUCGUCUCACUCCCGAACGUAACCCUAACGGGAGCUCCGGUCGAAAGCCUCUCACCUCUCGCUCUCGUAAACUACUCAAAGACCGUGCCUCUAAAGGUGACGGAGAGAAUGAUGGCGACGACACUCGCUUGCCAGUAAAGGAGAGAUUAUACCUAAGCAAGCGAGAUAUAGAGCGUAAGAAAGAAGCAUCAGACUAUCGACAGCAGCAUAAGAUUAGCAGCAACCUCGAGAGCAGACUAGGCCCUUCACCAAAUGACAGGAAACCAUUUCAUACAGGAAGGAUCGGGAAUAGGAGAGGAGGUCAGACAAGAGAAGCUAAAGGGAGUGCGAUGGAGAUAGCUCAGGCCUUCAGGAGAGAAAAGGAGAGGAAGAAUCAAGGAGAAGGGAUACUUGACGAGCAGGAGCUUAGAAAAGGACAGAGGUUUGCCAAGUUGCUAAACGAACAUCAAACAAGAUCAGAUAAUAAUAGGUUGUCUAGAAGAGAUGAAGAUCUUGAUAAGAGAAUUAAUCGGAUUCGUAGCAACAAUCAGAAGCAAUUGGAGAGAGACAAGGAAAUUCGUAAGGACAGACAGCUACACGGUUAAUGAAGCACUAGAGAAUAUUAUUAUAUUAUAUUAUUAUUAUUAUUACAAGUAUUAUUAUUAUUGUUGUUGUACUAUUCAAUUCAUCAUGGCUUUCGCUGUCAAUCUUACUAUUUAAAAUUGUGUUUGUUAUUUUUUUUUGUUUUGCUGUACUGAGUGCUCUGGAAUCGCUCAAUAAUUCAUUUUUGAUAAUAAUUUGCUGUAUAUGUAUUUACUAUUACCGUAUGUACAUUAUUAUUAUUAAUUAUUAUUAUUGUUAUUUUCCCAGUUUAUUUGUAUUUGUUUCUGGUGAUUUUUGAUUUUUUUUUUUGAAGUAAAGCAAUAACCUAUAAAUAA